AUGGCGGGCUGUGGACCUGCCAGCAAAAUCCGACGUCUCGACACGGAGGUCUUCAGUCGAGUGCCUGGUGCCGGUGUAGACAAUGCCAAGAAUCUCGUUGAUUGGCCAGCAUAUGCAACGGGAGGCCUGCAGGAUGCUGCUGUGGCAGCCGGCCACCCGCCCAGGCAUCUGGCUGAGCACUUUGCUGGUCGCAAGACGAUCUACGUAAGCUCGAGCUACAGUGGGAUGGGAACGUUUGAGCACUGCAUGAAGCGCUUGGCAGCGGCUUGCGCUGGAGCUGUGGAGAACACUGGUGUGAAGUUCUGGUCCGCAAGUGAGUGCGACAAGGCUGUUCGAGACAUGCUGCUCCAGAGUUCAGGUUGCCCUGAGCACGUCUUUGGUGACUUGACGGAGCGAGUGGACUCCAAGGUCCUGGCCAGAAUGAAGCAUGCAGUGGGAUGCCUUCAGCACCGUGCGCAGGAGCUUGCCGCCACGAAGCAAACCCCUGCUCAGAAGAAAGUUGAGCUUGGGAAACUGAAUGUGCGUUGUAUGCAGAAGCUUUUGGAGUUGGCAAUGGAGGCAGUUGCUGCAGAUCGCGGCGGAGCAAGCAGAUGUUGCUAUUGCUAUGUUCAUGACCAACUCUGCCCUCUUUUGCCGCCAGGGCUGGACGAAGACGCUGAUAGCCUCCUGCUGGAGGCAGGAGGCAACACGUGCGUAAGUUUCUCCCCGCAGGGCAAGCAGGCGAAGUGGCUGCACGACUCUGCUGUCGUUGCCGCCGUGUGGCUGGCAUGGUGUGCUGGGCAUUGCGACAUGGUCAUGCAGGAGUGCAGCCACAUGUUUAAUACUUCCGAGGCCAUGCAAACAGCGUUUCCCCCGGACCAUGGCUGGCACACUUCCACGGUGACAGUGGCGUGCAAAGACUUGGGGAUCCCCAUGAACCGGCCUCGCAACUUCUCCUGGACCGUUCGGCUACGCAGACUGAGCAUGGUCACCAGCUUGACGUCAAGCCUGUUCUUGCAGCUCUGCGGCAGCGAGCUGCAGUGCACUGGGCACGACUUCUUCAUCCUUGCCGAGGAUGCAGCUCAUGAGUAUUUGCAGGCCACCACGGAGAAGCUUUUGCACGGCGAGGUGGGCUUUCGGAAGUACUUGUCCGAGGGCUGUCUGCAGCGGCUCCAGGACUAUGAGACCUUCUACUCGAAGCAGCUCGCAGAAGGCAAGGUCGUGGAGCUGCCCGUCGUAGACCUUUCCCAGAAUGUUAGUGUUAGGGCGACCUUGUCGACUAUGUUGCCUUCUUUGCUGACAGGGUCCUGUGUGUGGGGCAUGAAACACAACCGACCGCUGACCGCGCUGGAGCUGUUCUUUGCAAUGGGAUGGCCAGCUCCGGUGGUUUUGGAUGACGACAAUUUCCAUGCAGAGUUCCCCUUCCUGCAGACUCAGUUCGAGCAGACCCAUGCUCGCGCCCUGACCAAGAUGGUUGGGAACUCCUUCCAUUGCCGUGUGGCGGGCCUCUUUCUUGAUGUGCUAUCCUUCUUUGUGCAGUGGAGACACCGUAAAGUUCGCAGGGGCAUGUGCUUCGCGGGUGCUGCGGAGGUCCAUCCGAAGUGCUUCGCUCUUCAUUGCAGCAUGGCAGCUCUCUUGGCAGAGGCCGCUUCUCUGGCUGGAGAUUCAAUCGAUGAAGAUUGGAAGCAGUUCCAGCUUCCUGAGCUGGGCCAGGAGGAGGCUAAGGUUGAAGAGACCGCCCAAGCAUCGGGCAAACGUGGUCGCAAAGGUGGCGGCAAGGGCAAGGGCGGAGGUGAGAAGGACAACAGCAAGGGAAAAGGCAAGCUGGGAGUGAUCAAGAAGCCGAAGGUGAUCAAGGGGCCCGUCAAAUGCAGGGGGUGCAAAAAGAAGAUCCUCCCGGACCAGCAGGCCCCAAACUUCCCUGGCUGUUGGGGCUGCAAACGGGCGUUAGACAAUAUUUGGAAGUGUGCCUGUCGCCAGGGAGAACAGGCAUGCGAGUUCGUGCAGGAAUGCAGGCGAGACGACGAAGCCUGCUAUCGCCUGGUCCAAAGUUACUUGAAGAACUGUCCGGAAAAGCUUCCCGACGGGACGACGGCCGGACGGCGCCGCGGAAAGUGGUGCAUCGUCAAGUACAUGGAGUCAGUCCGGGCCAGCAGUGGGCUUGUGAAAGACUGCGUAGGCGAGUUCAUGUCGAAGAUGGUCUACCAAGAGUUUGCAUUAACGGCUCGUGGUGGACGGAAAAGCGCUGCUGAAAUCGAGGCCCAGUGGGAGAAGUGGGGUAAGGAUGUCGAGAAGGGCUCCAUGCAGCAGACCCUGUACGACUACAAGGGCCCUGGAGCAAGCUUGAGGGUCUGGGUAGCCACAAAGGACACCUUGUCCUUCCGCAGCGAAUACUUUCACACCAAGGAGGUGGCCUGUGAAGGGGACUCCAUCAAAAAAGGAACUGACGAAGACGUUGACAGACUUCGCAGCGAAAUCAUGUCAGGCCACGGCCAGGGUGUUGGCGCUGGCAUGGAGCAGGCUGCCAAGGCCAUGGCGUUGAAUGGACAGGAUGCAUUUCAGGAGGGCGCCAGCGGCUUCCUCAACGUGUUGGAUCUCCAGAAUGAUGUGUUCAUGCUGGAGGCUGGUGAGGCGGACGGCGAGCAGGACAAAAACUCGACAACCACGGACGAGCCUUCUCCGAAGAAGCCCAGGUUGUGGAUUGACCGGGACCGGAUCGUCUCCCAGACCAUCCGCACCGUCAGGAGCCAGCACGAAACCUUCGAGACCAAAGCCAUGGUUCAGCUCGACAGGCAGCAGGCAUACUUGAAAGCGUUCCUCAGUGAGCAUGAGGCUGAAAGCAAAGGGGACUUCAAAGGCGAGUACGAGACGUUGAGGACGAGGGUCCAGGGACUCGAGCUCUGCUUGCGCAACAGGGACGAGGAGAAGGUCAAGCAAUUCAUUGGGUUGUUUGGCCACGUCGACUCCCCAGCUCCGCCUUGCGAGGACUAUGACAAGCUCCGCCCUUUGUGUGUUUUCCCGGCCAUGAUUGAAGAGUACAACAAGUGCACAGAGCAAGAGCACUUGAAGGAAGUGAGUGCAGCUCUGGCUGCCGUUCGGGAGCCCAUCUCUCAGCUGCUCGCGGGUGCCCUUCGUGCAGAGAAAUCUUUGAAGGUUGCGCUCGACAAGGCCAAGAAGCAGGCAGAACAGAAACAAGCGAAGGCUCAGAAGGCGUUGGCGGCAAACGCAUCGCAAGGCCUUGCGAUCUUCGACCAAGGAGUUGCAAAUGCCUCCGCCAUCCCUGUCUUCAAGGCUGAUGCUCUCGGCCAAGGAGACAAUGUGCCAGACCUGUCCAAGCCUUUCAUUGUGCAUAUCGACGAGUGGGUUGCGGAGAUCAACCAAGAGAUGAGCGUCACGAGGCAAAAGGUUGAUGCCUUCAAGGUCAUGUUUGACACACUGCGUGCCCAGCACAAAGGUAGCCGGGCAUCCAAGCUGAUGAAGGACCUCCUUUCAGACAAGGAGGCAGAGGUUGACUUUGAAGCCAAGGUCUAUGCUCUGCUGAAGCAUGUUAGCGGAUUGGUUGAGACCAGCAAGCUCAGCAAAGACAUCCAGGAAGUCAUGGCGGUGUCGGCUUUCGGCCUGGACCAGAGCUAUGACAAGGUGUCUUGCGAAAGUGCAUCGAUGGCAUGUGCCAGGUUCAACGUGAGUGGAGCCCGUAGCGUGGUUGUGGCCCACACGCUUGAGGUCAUCGGCUACAUGCAGCGCAAAGGCGUGUCCGGCAACAUCAGUGUUGCCCGGAUGGCAAGCUUCUUCAGGAGCCUGAGUGCCACGACGAUCGCAGAUUUCAAGGCACAGUGCACGCUUCAGCAGGCAACUGUGGGUCCUGGCGAUUUGCUCUAUCUGCCUGCCGGGGCGGUGGUUGCAGAGCUUGCUCGAGCUUGCAACAUUGGGUUGCGACUUCCGCUUGUCGUGAAUGCCGCGGGCCAUGCCAAUGUUGCCAUGACAUUUGCGAGGCGGCGUGAUGAGAUCGCCCAUCAGAUAGAGACUUCCCAGCUCCCAGACGGCCAGAAGCAGCUCUUGAAGCAGGAGCACGCACUUGUGGAGUCCCUUGUCAAGGCUGUGAGUUUGGCUGAGAAGGCUGAGAAUCCGAAGCCGGAAUGUGCGGCUGAGACGGCUGCGAAUCCGACACCGGAACCUGCGGCUGACGCGGCUGCAAAUCCGAAACCGGAAUCUGCAGGCAUCAAGGAUCCUGCUCAGUGA